AUGCCGAAGGAGGAAAUAGCGGCCAGAAGGCCGCAUCUUGUGCAAAGCCAUGCCCACGAGGGCGAGAUUCCUGGGACCGUUGAUCUUAGUGCUGCAGAGGGUGACGACACGGCAUAUGGACAGGCCCUAUAUCCCGUUCCAGCCGAGGAUCCCAAUGACCCGCUGCAGUGGCCUAGCUGGAAGAAGAAUGUCAUCCUAAUCAUCGUUGCCGUCUACUCGUUUCUCGGAAAUAGCUCCCUUACCGGCCCAUCGGUCUACAUUGGACUCUAUAGCAAGGAGUUUGGGAUUUCACCAGCGGAGGCCUCUGGGUUGAUAUCUUAUCCAAAUCUUGCCUUUGGCUUCGGAUCCUUGAUCCUCGUGCCUCUAUACCUGAAAAUUGGUCGGCGCCCGGUGGCAUUAUUGUCCAUGGUGACAUUUUUGGCUGGAUUAAUUGGAGCCUCUCAGGCGACAAGUUAUACCGGGCUGAUGGUUGCUCGUGUAUUCCACGGAUUUGGCAGCGGAGUCUGUGAAAGUUUGCCUGUCCAACUAGUGAACGACAUCUUCUUUCUUCAUGAACGCGGAACAAAAAUUGGUUACUAUACUAUAUGCCUCUGCCUCGGGUCAACAGGUCCUCUAUACGCUGGCUACAUGCUUGCCGGGGGGUAUUCGUGGCGACUUUUCUUCUACGUGGAAGCAGCCUUUGCGGGUGCCCUAUUGAUCAUGGCUUUCUUCUUCGUCGAGGAAUCCACGUAUCACCGCAAAAACCAAUCCGCGACGUCCAAUUAUUCGAAUCAUUCUUCAACAGUACGCGACACUGAUGAGAAGUUAGAAGACCACAUCCAGUUGGAGAAUGUUUCGUCUACCUCUGUACCUUCGCGAAAAAGCUUCUUGGCGACACUCAAACCGUGGGGCUCUAUCGAUUCAGAGCCAGAAUUUUUCAUGACAAUUGUCCGCUCGUUUAGUUACUUCUUAGUGCCAGCUGUAUUCUGGGUGAUUGCAAGCUACGGACUUUACAUUGGUCUGGGGGCCUUGGCAUUUAAUUACACAUUUCCUCUCAAGAUCACCGAGCCACCUUACAACUGGAGCGAGACAAACUCCGGCCUAAUUGCCGUCGCUAGCUUUGUCGGAUACUUGCUUGCCCUACCAUUCUCUUCUACCUCUGACCGACUGGCCGCGUACCGGACAAAACGAAACAAUGGGAUCCGCGAGUCUGAAAUGCGUCUCCCAGCGCUGUUCCCAGCCCUUCUCCUUGCCCCUGCCGGCUUGAUUGUGUAUGGGUUCACAGCUGAACGAAAUCUUCAUUGGAUCGGAUUCUUCGCUGGAGUGGCUAUGGAUCAAUUUGCAUCCUAUUUUUACUUUACAUUCACCUUGGCCUAUGCUGUCGACUCCUACUAUGCGAACACCUCGGAAAUGCUCAUCGCCAUGAAUUUGGGAAAGCAGGCAAUCUCGUUUGGGAUGGGCUCUUAUCUGUUAGAUUGGAUCUUGAGCAGAGGGUACGCGGUUGUGAUUUCGGGAAUUUUUGGAGGAGUUCUGCUGGCCAAUAAUCUGAUGGUCAUCGUCUUCAUACUUUUUGGAAAGAGGAUUCGGAGAUGGACUGCGCAUUCAUGGCUGGGUAAACUACAUCAGCGAACUGCGACGAGAGAUAUGACGCAGUGA